CGCGCCAUGAACCGAGAACAGGCGACGUUUCUUACCUCUUUCUUGGGCACUUUCUCUGCCUUGGCCAUAGGCUUCCAUUUCGUUCGGGACAAGCUUAGAGAAGCAGGCUACGACCCCGCACGACUCAUUCUUAUUGGAUUAGACGACCAAGUUACCGAGAAACAACCAGGCGACAAAGUCAUGGCUUCUUACCUCGAGAGCAACUAUGCCCAAAUGGUCGCCAUCGCUCUGGCGGUGGCCACCACCACACUCGUUUACAUGAAGUUCUUCUCCAACUCUAAGAGAAAACCCAUCCUCAGCCCUCAGGUCUGGCAAGAGUUCCCGCUCAAGGAGAAAAUCAUUAUUUCUCCCAACACUGCUAUUUACCGGUUCGCUCUUCCCCGGCCUGACGAUGUUCUAGGCCUCCCCAUUGGCCAGCACAUCUCCAUCUCCGCUGAGAUCAACGGCAAGGACAUCAUGCGCAGCUACACCCCUACCAGCAGUGACGAUGACCUCGGCCACUUUGAUCUCCUUGUCAAGGCUUAUGAGAAGGGUAACAUUUCCCGGUACAUUUCCCUCCUCAAAGUUGGCGACAAGAUACGCGUCCGUGGACCCAAGGGCUUCUUCAAAUACGGCCCUUCUCUGUCGCGCGAGCUGGGAAUGAUUGCUGGCGGCACUGGCAUCACGCCUAUGUUACAGAUCAUCCGUGCAGCGCUCAAGAACCCUCUUGAUCGUACUAAGCUGAGCCUCAUAUAUGCCAACGUCAACUUUGAGGACAUUCUCCUGAAGAAGGAGCUUGAUGACUUGGCCGCCGCACACCCCAACCGUUUCCAAGUUUACUACGUCCUUAACAACCCUCCUGAGGGCUGGACUGGCGGCGUCGGCUUCGUCUCCAAGGACCAGGUCGAGAAGUUUAUGCCACCCACCGACGACAACAUCAAAGUACUUAUGUGUGGACCCCCUCCUAUGAUGAACGCUAUGAAGAAGCAUUUGUCGGAGCUCAACUACUCUGCUCCUCGGACUAUCAGCAAACUUGAUGAUCAGGUCUUCUUGUUCUAAUUGCUUUCAACAUAGUGUUUUCGUUUGCUGUGAAGUUACGGAGUAUCAUACCAGCCUUAGAUCUUGGUCUCUUGGCUUCUGUCCGAGGUGUGCGCUUGCAGAAACUUGCAGCCCUCGAAUGGGUCAUACCUUGUAAUUAGAUUAAUGGAUGAUAGUGAAUUCACAAGGCAAUAGACAUAAUCUGCAGUGCAUGUAACAUGCCCGAGUU